AUGAAGAUUUUCGCCCUUGCGUCCGUGCUGGCGCCAGUGUACGCCAAGAUUACGAGCUCGGCGCUGCGCGCGAUCGAGCAAGACGCCACGUUCACGGCCUUCGUCACGUUCAAGGGGUCACCCGCCGCCGAGACGGAGAGCGCUGCGGUGACGGGCCGCAAGCAGACGCUGUCCGAGAUCGUCGGCGACCGCAAGGUCAAGGCGUUCUGGAUCACGAAUGCAGCCACGGUCGAGAACGUCGACCGCGCGCUCGCAGACAAGAUCGCCAAGCUCGACAACGUUCUCAAGGUCGACGUCGUCAAGACGAUCAAGCUCAGCCCGGUCCUGAAGAAGGACAGCACGGAGAACUCGCCCAUUGACAACUCCCGUCCCACGGGCAUUCAGUGGGGCGUGAAGACGAUCGGGGCCACCGACGUGUGGAAGACGACCAAGGGUGAAGGCAUCGUCGUUGGCUCGAUCGACACGGGUAAGAAGAACUUGAACGAAAAGUUCUGGUACAACUUUGACGACAAGUCGAUCCAGUCGCAGACCAAGAACACGACGUGCCUCGAUGUGUACCAGGACGUCCAGGGCAAGAACCAGGUGCGCCUCUACACGUGCACGGGCGGCUCGGCCCAGAAGUGGGACUUUGAACCCAACUCGCACAGCCUCCGCCACUUGGCCGUGCGCAACCUCUGCCUCGAGUCGGCCCACGCCACGCCCGGCGCUGCCCCGUUCGUCGCCGACUGCACGGGCGGUGUCAGCCAGUGGUUCACCAAGUGCGAGGAAGCACCGGCUGCCAAGAGCUACGCCAUCUCCGAGUUCUACUCGGGUGUCUAUGCCAACUGGGCCUCGGACACGGCUAACGAGCUCUUCACCUACGACUCGGCGGCCAAGACGCUCCAGGCGGCUAGCAACGGUCAAUGCCUCGACGCGUACCGUGACGGCAACAAGUUUGGUCUCCACACGUACGCCUGCGACGCCACCAACGGCAACCAAAAGUGGAUCAUCGAUGCCGGCAACCACAAGAUCAAGCACGCGACGCACAACAACCUGUGCUUGGACGUUGACCCGACCAACCCGGCGCACGCGGCGCAGGUGUGGGAGUGCCACAACGCCAACACCAACCAGUGGAUCGACGCUGUCAAGUACUAA